AUGACUAGUAUAAUAGGGUUUUCAAGGAUGCCUAACUGGAGGUCAUAUUCAGCUCAUAAUCUAGCUCGUUCAACAUAUGUCAAAUUUUUUAGACACCAGCUAAUGAGCUAUGUAUUAUUAUCUGAUUCUGAUAACAAUAGAGUCAGAUUCAGAUAUAAUACUGAGUCAGAUUCAAACAUACUGGGUCAGAUUCAGUCGGAUAAGAACAAGGGUAAUUGGGAAAGUGAGAAGCCAUUAAGUCUCCCCCUCUCAGUCUCAUCAGUCAUCACUCUCUCCGUAGCUGCCUGCUUCAUCUUCUUCUCAUUGAAAGCUGCUCAGGGUGCCUGGCCUUACUUUCUUCCUACUCAAAUGAUGGAUAAUGGGGAUGUGGACACAGAGAAUUGUCCUUUAGAUCUCGGGAUGUUACCUCCUUGGGAAAUCACCGUUCCCCUUGCUGAUAUUGGGAAGCAAAAUAUCAAGAUCCCGUAUUCGGAUGGUACCCAUGUUGUUGGUCUCCCCCUUGGUUCAGAUGUUCCUAAAGUGAUUGCAUUCAAUUAUAAAACCUUGUUGUGUAUGGUAAACGGCAUGACUUCUAUGAUUACCAAUCUAACUCUAAAGUUAGAGCGACAACAGAAGGUUGCUGCUCGCCAUCUGGAAAAAAUGAGUCGCUACCGCCUUGAACUUGAGGAGUGGAAACGCACAGUAGGUCAUGGUAUGGCGGUUCUUCAGGAUCCUGUUUCUCCAUCCAAAAAGAGGAAGCUGAGUACAGAGGAAUCUGGUCCUUGUGAUACACACGAAGUUUGA